AUGGAGAAUAUAGUGUUAGAGACUCUAGCCGCAAUUGGGGAAGUGUAUUUCAACUUUCUUAUUGCAGUGAAAGUGGAUGUGUCAAGGGUUUUAAGUACGAAUAAGAAGGCAUGGAGCAUUGGUGCAACAAGCUUCGCGCUUCCUUUUUCCAUUCUCUUUUUACUCAUGGUCGGGUGUAUAAACUACAUUGGUGGAGUGACACGGACCAUUUUCUGUUUUGGUAUGUCCACUUUUAUAUCUACAUCCUAUAUCCCAGCGGUUGCCAAUGCCUUAGAAGAACUCAACCUCGUAACUUCUGAGUUCGGCCUACUUGCCUCUUCCUGCGCAUUCGUCCAUUCUCUCAUCCUAUGGUCCUUGAUGCCCGUCGCCCUAGUCUUAACCCAAAAAACCCAUGACAAAUCAAUCGCCGCAGCUCUUUCCCUUUUUGCUUUGGCACUCUUCACAUUCUUUGUGGUCCGUCCGACAAUAUUUUGGAUGGUCAAGAAAACACCACAAGGGGAACCCGUUCGUGAAGUCUUUGUUGUAUUAACACUAGUUGGAGUUUUAGUCAUGGGAUGUCUCACUAACAUUUUGGGCCUCAGUUUAUCUCUUGGCGCUGUACUGUUUGGGUGUAUAAUACCUGAGGGACCGCCUCUGGCUUCCAUUUUAGUAGAGAAGUCAGAGACGUUUGUGUCUGAUAUCCUGAUGCCAUUAUGGUAUUUUCGUGUUGGCAUAGAAAUGGAUGUGCAUUCCAUUUAUAAUUGGAAGGCCUUUGUCAUUUUCCAUUGUAUCCUUUUGGUAGCAUACUUUGCCAAGUUUGUGGGAGUGCUGCUAGCUUCACUGUCAUUCAAAAUUAGACCAAGACAUGCCGCCCUACUCGGUCUAAUUAUGAAUUGUAAGGGCGCAAUAGAUGUCAUGGUUUUUCUCCGAUGGAAGAUUAGCAAGCAUGUACUAGAUGACCAAUCUUUUUUUGUAUUGGUGUCGUCCACGUUGGCCGUGACCGCAUUUGUAACACCAUUGGUAGAAAUCUUUUACAAGCCUCAAACGUUACAUGAAUGUGCUUAUAAUAAUCCCUCAAACAACCCCCAAGGCUUGAUCAGAGCAAUCCAAAGCACACCGCGUAACUCAAAGUUUCAGAUCAUUUGUUGUAUCCACAAUGAGGAAAACGUGCGCAGCAUCAUCACCCUCCUCGAGGCCUCCAACCCUACUGAAGCCAGACCUAUCUGUGUCUACGUAAUCCAGCUUAUGGACAUCCUCGGUCGAGCCGUUCCACUUGUUAUCCCUUACAAUAAACAUAACCUGAGGCAGUUUAAGUGGCUCCUCACCAGUACCUCCUUCAGCUUCGAUCACAUUAUGCAAGCCUUCACGAACUACUCUGAAAACUCCAUUGGUCGUAUUACCAUCCAUCCCUUCACCAUCAUCGCCCCUUACCAGAACAUGCACGAAAACAUUUCAAAACUGGCUCAAGACAAUCUAGUCCCUCUCAUUAUAGUUCCCCACCAUGAGAACCAGAGGGCUACACAAGGUAACCGAGUCGCUAGCGCAAUACAGGUUCUCAAUACUAAUUUACAAAAACAUGCCCCUUGCACCGUGGGUGUUCUGGUUGAUCGACACUUCCGUAACAGUAGCUCUGGCCACUUUUCUUACGACGUUGCUAUAAUUUUCAUCGGCGGAAGGGAUGAUCGCGAGGCCCUCGCAUAUGCGGCUCAAAUGUCGCACCAUCCAAAUGUGAGUAUCACUGUGAUACGUGUUAUCUCACUUACAAAUAAGAAAGACCAUGACGAGAACGAUUCCGAGUACGUAAGGAUGGAGAGGAUGAUGGACGAAGAUGUGUACGACGGAUUCAAGAUGGAGAACAUUGGCAAUGCGUGCGUGGUUUGUUGGGAGAUUAUGGUGGACCAUAUUUUGAGUGUGGUGGACCCAAUUCGUUCUUCAGGCAGACAUUACGACCUUGUGAUGGUGGGGCAACGGCACUUUGAGGUAGAUAAUUUUGACGACAAAGAAAUGCCUGCGUUUGCGACCAAUGAUGAUUUGGGAGUGGUGGGCGAUAUUAUAUAUGCUUCGUUCAACUUGUAUGGGGGUUGGUCGUCUUUAUUGGUGCUUAAGCAUUGUGGGGAUUAUGUAUAA